AUGAACACACUUAAACGAAAACUAGUUUUCAAUGAAACAUUAGAUGAACCAACAAAGAUAUAUCGAAAUCAAUCAAUAACCUCUAUUGAAGAUUUAUCAAAUGAAAUUUUUUAUGAAAUAUUUGAUUAUUUCGAUGGUGGUGAAAUAGUUAAAACAUUUUCUAAACUUAAUUCUCGUUUUCAACAACUUCUUCAUUCUUCAUCAAUUUUAAUUAAAACACAUUUUUAUUUAUUUUAUUAUCAAGAAAUGAUAAAUAAAGAUCAUAAAUUAGAAAUAUUCUCAAAUAAAUCAUAUUCUAAUUUAAAAAUCUUAUCUAUUAGUUGUUCACAAAAUAUCAUUUUUCUUGAUGCUCAUCGAUGGGAACAAUUUAUUUUACAUUAUUAUCCUCAAUUAGAAAAAUUCUAUUUCACAUAUUAUGAUCGUAUUGAUAAUGAUAAUCAAUAUGAAAUAUAUUCUGGACGAAUAAAUCAAUUUUCAAUAUCAUAA